GGAAAAGCGCAGCACUCGAAGUUAAAGAAAGCUCCGUGGGCCUGAAGCGUUCUGUGAGCAAGAGUCCGGAAGUAAAACUGUUGUUACACCGUUUCCCUGGAGCAAAAAAGGAAUUAAGUGUUGAUAUUCUUAUUCUACCGUAACAUUACUUGAAGCAGUUUUCCAACAUCAUGACAUCCCUGGACUUCGAGAAGUUGCGGAUGACGGGGGCUGGCAAAGCCAUCGCCGUGCUGACAAGUGGAGGAGAUGCCCAAGGUAUGAAUGCAGCUGUCCGUGCGGUGACUCGGAUGGGCAUAUAUGUUGGGGCCAAGAUGUAUCUUAUCCAUGAGGGCUACCAGGGGCUGGUGGAUGGUGGGGAAAACAUCAAGCUAGCUCACUGGCAGAGUGUCAGCAACAUCAUUCAGCUGGGCGGGACUGUGAUCGGCAGCGCCCGCUGCAAGGCCUUCACCACCCGGGAGGGGCGCCUGGCAGCCGCCUUUAACCUGGUGAAGCGGGGCAUCACCAACCUGUGCGUGUGUGGGGGAGACGGCAGCCUCACGGGGGCCAACAUCUUCCGCAGCGAGUGGAAGGACCUGCUGGCUGAGCUGGCGAAGAAGGGGAGGAUCACGGAAGCCUUGGCCCAAAAGCAUGACCACCUGAACAUCGUGGGCCUGGUGGGCUCCAUCGACAACGAUUUCUGCGGCACCGACAUGACCAUUGGCGCAGACUCCGCCCUCCACCGGAUUGUGGAGAUCACGGAUGCCAUCACCACCACCGCUCAGAGCCACCAGCGCACCUUUGUCCUUGAGGUGAUGGGUCGCCAUUGUGGGUACCUGGCCGUGGUGUCUGCGUUGGCGUCGGGAGCUGACUGGGUGUUCAUCCCAGAGGCUCCCCCAGAGGAGGGCUGGGAGGACCUCAUGUGUGCCCGUCUGGGUGAGAGCCGAAGCACUGGGUCCAGACUGAACAUUGUGAUCAUCGCAGAGGGAGCUAUCGACAAGCAGGGCAAGCUCAUCACCUCCAACUACGUCAAAGACCUGGUGGUGCAGAGGCUGGGGUACGACACCCGGGUGACAGUGCUCGGUCACGUCCAGAGGGGCGGCACGCCCUCCGCUUUCGACAGGGUGCUGAGCAGCCGAUUGGGGGUGGAGGCGGUGGUGGCCCUGCUGGAGGCCACGCCCGAGACCCCGGCCUGCGUCAUUGGACUGUCGGGCAAUCAGGCCGUGCGCCUGCCACUCAUGGAGUGUGUUCACAUGACAAAGGAGGUGCAGAAGGCCAUGAAUGAGAAGAGGUUUGAGGAAGCCAUUCAGCUGCGUGGGCGGAGCUUUGAGAAUAACUGGAACACCUACAAGCUGCUGGCUUACCAGAAGCCUGCCCAGUCCCAGAGUAACUUCUCCAUGGCGAUCCUGAACGUGGGCGCCCCUGCGGCGGGGAUGAACGCGGCGGUGAGGUCAGCCGUCAGGGUGGCGCUCGCUCAGGGGCACAAGGUCUACGGAGUCAGCGACGGCUUUGAGGGGCUCGCCAAGCAGAUGGUGUCAGAAGUGGACUGGGACCUUGUAAGGGGCUGGACUGGCCAAGGUGGCUCCCUGCUGGGGACCAAGCGGACUCUUCCCGAUUCCUGCAUGGAGGAGAUAGUGGAGAGCAUCAGGAAGUUUGACAUCCAGUCGCUGCUGGUCAUUGGAGGGUUUGAGGCGUAUGAGGGUGUGCUGCAGCUGGUGGAAGCUAGGGGGUGCUACAGAGAGCUGUGUAUCGUCAUGUGUGUCGUCCCUGCCACCAUCAGCAACAAUGUCCCCGGCACGGCUUUCAGUCUGGGCGCAGACACCGCUGUCAACGCCGCCAUGGAGAGCUGUGACAAGAUCAAGCAGUCGGCCUCGGGGACGAAGAGGCGAGUCUUCGUGGUGGAGACGAUGGGCGGGUACUGCGGCUACCUGGCCACCACCACGGGCGUCGCAGUCGGAGCCGACGCGGCGUACAUCUUCGAGGAGCCCUUCAACAUCACUGACCUGAAGACGAAUGUGGAGCAUCUUACAGAGAAGAUGAAGAAAGAUAUUCAGCGGGGUCUGGUGCUGCGGAAUGAGAAAUCCAGUGAGCACUACACCACUGAUUUCAUCCACAACCUUUAUUCAGCUGAGGGCAAGGGAGUCUUCGACUGCAGAGUGAAUGUGCUUGGACACUUGCAGCAGGGAGGAGCUCCCACACCCUUUGACAGGAAUUUCGGCACCAAAGUCGGCGUGAAGUCCGUGCUAUGGAUCACCGAGAAGAUGGCGGAGACCUUCAGAAACGGUCACGUGUUUGCCAACAGCCCCGAUACGGCCUGCGUGCUCGGCAUGAUCAGGAAGAUGCUGACCUUCAGCCCUGUGACCGAGCUGAAGGACCAAACAGACUUCAAACACCGCAUGCCGAAGGAACAGUGGUGGCUGAACUUUCGCCUCAUGCUGAAGAUGCUGGCCAAAUACCAGACCUGCUUCAGCGAGUACGUCCCUGGAGAGGUGGAGCACGUUACCCGCCGAACACUCAGCAUAGACACAGGGAUCUGAGGAUUCAGCCACCCCUACAUGCCCUUGCUGCUUUCAAAUUUCUCCACUAGGGGGAGCUGUGGCUCAACUUCUCCGCAAACCCGCCAUUAUACAGAAUGUAUCCAUCUGCGUUGUCAGCUGUGACCAAUGCAAAAAAGUAUUCUCAGAAUUCUGCAACAAAUAACCUGAAAUUCUCUGGUCAGAUAAUUUUCCAUUGUUUACAAUAUGUAACUGUCCUUUGACGCUGAAAUACGAAAUGGAACUACUGCCCAUCUCACUGGACCGGUGCAAUUUGGAAACAUGUUGU